AUGGCCCGAUGGCGUGGCUGCUCUCGGGGCUGGCACGCCGCGGCCUUCCCCAGCCUGAUUCUCCUCUACGUCCUGUUCCUGGUGCUGGGGGCCGUGGUCUUCAGGGCUCUGGAGAUGCCCGUGGAGAGGGAGCUGCAGGCGGAGGUGGCCGAUCUGUGGAGGACCUUUCUCCAGGAGCACCCGUGUGUCCAGAAGUCCAAACUGGAGCAUCUACUGGGGAGAGCCCUGACCGCGCAUCACACCAACGUGGCCGUGCUCCAGGCUGAGGAAGACGAGCGCCACUACGACUUCACCUCAUCGCUGUACUUUGUCAUCGUCACCCUCACAACUAUGGGUUCUGACGUCUACUACCCUCAGUCCGACGAGUCCAAGUUCUUCUGCAUUCUGUACUGCAUCAUCGGCAUCCCCCUGACCCUGUUCCUCUUGGGGCUCCUGUCCGAGGCCCUGCUCCUCCCUGUGGUCACCUACGCCCCUGUCCGCCACCUCCACACCCUCUGGGGCCUGUCUGUGUCCCGGGCCGCCCUGCUCCACGCCUCCUUGCUGUCGGUGCUGGUGCUGGGGCUGCUCUUCCUCCUGCCCGCCCUCCUCAUCGCCGCCGUGGAGCCGGACUGGAGUUUCCUGGACGCUCUCUUCUUCUGCUUCGUGGUCCUGAGCACCGUGGGACAAGGCGGCUGCGCACUGGGAAAGAACUGGAGCCUGAAAGCGAGGGAGGCUCUGGAGCUACUCACCACAUCUUACCUGCUGCUCGGCCUCAUAGUGAUCGUGACUCUGAAGAAGACAGUAAUGGACGUGCCGCAGGUGCAGACCCUGCUGCGGCUGCUCUCUGGGGGUCAGAGGUCAGAGCAGGACGGUCUCAGUCUCCAUGAACUGAGUCUGGAUGGACUCGGUCUCCAUGAGCUGAGUCUGGAGGCUCCAGAGGACGAGCUGCAGUACAGUUCAUCCAUCUGCACCAUCUCCUACAGCGUGUGA